UUGAACUUUCUUACCGCAUUAGACUUAACUUAUUUUUCUCUGAAGACUUGUUCUGUGCCUUCAUUGGAACAGUCCAUGGUCCCUGGGUUUGUCUUUUAAGUUUCUGAACCUUGGUUUAUUUAUAAAAGAGAUGGAGUUUUGCAGGCCGUCUUUAAGUGGAUUACAGUUAACCAGAGCACUGCUGAAAUUAACAUUCAGCCAGCUAAGAUGCUGGCUCCUUUGGAAAUUUUAACCUGGAAAUCUCAGAUGCAAAAUUAGAAUAAAAAGGGAAAUGGACCGACAAUGGAAUGUUCUAAGUGUUUGAGCCACUGUUAAGUGCAUUAUUUGGUUUCUUUUUUCUGUGUUUUGGAGUAUAUGAAAGGGAACUCUGGGGGCCUUUCUGGGUAGGAGGAGGAAGGAGACUUCUGUUCUCUGCUCAUGAUGCACUUUAUUUUUGACAGUCAUUCUCAAACCACCAGGUAAAGGGAGGGUUGCAAAGUAGACUGGUGCCCUGCUGCUGGCCUUAAACACCUCAUCUAUGACGACGUGUGUUAUGUGAGAUGCGUCCUUGGGCUGGAGACACUUUAUAGUUCUGUUCAGAAGUGUGCUUUGCUGAAAGAUGCAUUGCCUUAUUUCCCACUUUCUGUGUCAAGAGCUGCAAUAUUUGUUUUAACUCUCUCCAAAAUGGGCAAGCCGCUGAGCAGACCGGACUGUUUACGUCAGAAUCCCCCCUGUGUAGGGAAGGGUGAGGAAGAGGAGGACCUCAACAUCGAGGACUGUUACGUCCCGCAGCGCUCCAUCUACGACACGGUUAGGCUGAAUGAGCAGAUCGACUCUGGUUCCAAGGGAAGCCUGUCUUCCAGGCAUUUCACAGAUCGGACUUUACCCUACAGUCACAGAACACUGGAUGUCAGUUCUUUAUGCUCCAAUGGUGCCCUUGCUUCUUCCAGUGCAUUUGAGCUGAGAGGCCGUGAAACUCACAAACUCGAUGAAAAGAUGAUCUUUGAUGCCCUCAAACUGAAUAGCGAUAUCAUCCGAAGCACAGGAUUACCCAAAGCCAAAUCUCACGCAGAAAAGAAAGAGCAUAGACGGUCAUGGCGAAUGUUCGUCCCAGCCAAUUUUAUGGAUUAUGCAAACAAAAGUGAAAGCUCUUUUGUUGAACCUCCUGAUCUGUCAGAUGCUGUUACCAAGGCUGGCAAGUGCAGAGGGGGUAGUAAUUCUCUCACGUCGGAGGAGGAUGACUCUGGGUUAUGCAGUCCUCCAGCCGAGAGGGAAGAAAAACAGGGCAUUUUACCUGGAGACCCAUCCCGAAUUAGAAGCUUGUCUUCUGCUGAAGAUAUUCACAUAGCAGAGCAAUAUAGACCCUUUUUUUCUGUUAAUUCCAUCAGCGAACAGAAAAUCCCCUUGCUUUCAUGCAGAAGCGCCCACCUUGAUGACAACUUCAAAACGAUUUUACAUGAUGUUUCUCCACCAGAGGAAACAAAACGUGUCAACGGUCAAAGGGAAAUCCGUGGUGAAAAUUGCUGCCUGCAGAAUGAUGUCAAAGAGAGCACUCUUAAGGCUGACCCAUUCAUUUUGCCAAGAGAGGGAGAAAACAAGUGUAUUUCUAACCCCAGAGAAGAAGGAAAAACAUAUGGACCAGGAGAAUUACAAAGCACAGCACGAAGUAGGGAAUUUAUGGGAGGUUCUCCUGAGGAUUUGCCUCUCCCUCACACAGAUCUGGGGGGAAAUGAUGUAGAUGGGGGUAGUGCAAGUUUAGUAGAAAACCUGACAUUAUUGACACAAUACGAUUUGGAAGAAUCCAACGUAGCAUCUCAAGAGGACAUGGAGGCUCCCCUUUCUGCCCAGGAGAUGGAGGCGAUCCCUAUGCAAUGCUCCCCCAAAUUCAGAGCAGUAAGAAAGAAAGCCACUGCCCGAAAAACAAGGGCCCGGGCAGGAACCUUGGACCCUGUCUGUAAUGGCUUUCACUCAGUUCAGGUAAUUAACGGAGAUGGGAAAUUCUGUGAUGCCCAAGGUCUGUGGUAG